AUGAAGACAGAAUUGGAAGAGCCUCUUGCCGCUUUCGCGGGGGGUAUGAAGGAGAGAAGGAAGAUCGUGCAGAAUGGGAUUGAAAAAAUUCUCAAGACGAAGAUACAACAAACACAGCACGUCAACAAGACGCGGGAUCGAUUCGAGCAGGAGUGCCUCAAGAUCAAGGGCUACCUUGCCCAGGGCCACAUGGUUAUGGGCCAAGAGGAGCGAAAGAACAAGGCCAAGCUAGAGAAGACACAGAUCAGCGUUGCGACGUCCAAUACCGAGUACGAGAAUGCUGUGAAGGCACUUGAGGACACGACAGUGAGGUGGAACCGAGAGUGGAAGGCGGCUGCGGACAAGUUCCAAGACUUGGAGGAAGAGCGUCUCGACUUCACAAAGAGUAGCCUGUGGACGUUCGCCAACAUUUCAUCCACUGUCUGCGUCAGUGAUGAUGCUUCUUGCGAAAAGAUCCGUUUAUCACUGGAAACGAUGGACGUUGAAACGGAUAUCAUCAGCUUCAUCAAAGAACAAGGGACGGGCCAAGAGAUCCCAGAUCCGCCAAAGUACAUUAAUUUCUGUCGAGGAGAUGUCAACGACACGCAAUCGGAAACGUCGGACGACGACAGCUACUCCAUCGUCUUCACCGCAACCCUCGACAUAUGA